UCCGGUGUGUUGAUGUCAUGCUGAUGACAUAUGAAGCUAGUUGAAGGCUAACGCAGAGCCAUACUAGAUUUCGGGACCAGUGUCACUGUUAUUUAGUUUCUUUUCACCAUUUCAAAGCUUUAAUCAUGAUGCAAUUCAUACUUGGCUUCACUCUGGGGAACGUGGUUGGCAUGUAUCUGGCACAGAAUUACGAGGUACCCAAUAUUUCAAAGAAAAUCGAGGCCUUUAAGAAGGACGUGGAGGCCAAGAAGAAACCCCCAGAGUGAUGGACACAAGUCACGUGUGGAAAUAUGGCAAAUUGUAAUUAACUGUAGAGGGAUAUUUAAGAACAAGAACAUAAUCUAGUAUGUGUUAAAGUAUAAACAAAAGAGCCCUCAAGAUGCACAGUAUAUUCCUAGUGUCAAAUAGUGCCUCAAAAUCAAAAUUGUUUUUGAAAGUUGACGUGUUAUGCAUUUUGCAUUGUAUUCUCUCUCUCUCUCUCUCUUUUUCUAAAUCAGGGUACAUUUGUUUACACCUGAUUUUUUUGCUGUUACAUUUUGGAUAAUUAUUCAUUAAUAUAUUUUAAAAACUCAAUGGGAUAUUUUUUUGUCAGAAACAGCUUGCAGUGUGAUGCAGUUCUUGGGUUUGCUGUAUUUAUGGAGAAACAUAUUUGCAGGGCAAAUAGAAACUGCACAGAAUAAUCAGAGAUUCGAAACAAAUUACUGCAAUGUUUUAUAAAGGCUUCUAAAUAUUAUGUAAUAAAGUUAUGAGAUUAUACUAAUAAAAUGCUUAUAUUAAGUU